AUGUCAACCUUCGCACUUCAAUCCCUUCUUUCGGAUCCAUUCUUCACGUCCGGCCACGUGCUCCGGGCCGGGCCUCAAGAAGCCGUUGGGCCCAUGGACUGGAAGGAGACCUCUGAAGCCCACAUCUUCAAAUUCGAUCUUCCGGGCCUGGCCAAACAAGACGUGAAGCUUCAAAUCCACGACGAUCGGGUACUGCACGUGAGCGCGGACUUCAAAGACGACGAUUAUUGCCAAAAGAGCGAGAAUUACAAGUGGCACUGCAGAGAGAGGCCUGCUGGCGGGAGCUUCUACCGGGAGUUCAGGCUUCCGGAAAAUGCUCUGGUGGACGAGGUAAAAGCUUCAAUGAGCGAUGGAGUUUUGGUGGUCACGGUGCCUAAAGACCAGAGCAAGAAGAAAAAGCAGGGGAGAAUCAAGCAUGCCGUUGAGAUUUCCGGAAAAGGUGAUGAUCAUUCAGGGAAUGCGAAUAAAGGUCUUGUCUCCAUAGUGAGACAGCUGCCUCUUUCCUCGCCGGCUGACCUGUCGCCCUUUUAUUACCUGAAAACAUGCCCCAAUCUCGAAACCAUCAUCCAACAAAAAGUGCGGGCUUGGCUCAAAAGAGAUUACACGUUGGCUCCUGCCAUCAUCCGCCUCCACUUCCACGAUUGUGCCGUCAGGGUAUUGAAAUUCUUCUUCAUCUCAUUCGUUACGUCAUCAAAAAUCGAAACAUCGAGCGCUCGGCCGAGGCAAGCGCCACUCUCCGCGGCUUCCAGCUCAUCGAACCUCUUCGAGAAGGAGCUCGGGCUCUCGUUCGUCGACCUCGUCGUCUUAUCUGGGGCCCACACGAUCGGGCGCACGAGCUGCCGCGCCAUCGACAGGAGGUUGUUCGGGAGAAAUAACGGCGGCGCGCGCCCGCCCAUGGAUGUUGCUUAUCGGCGUGUUUUGAAGGGGAAGUGUCGUGGGUAUAUUGGGAAGUUUGUGGAUUUGGACGGGACGACGCCGAGGAAGUUCGACGUGGCUUAUUAUGGGAAUCUUGGGAGGGGAAAGGGGGUUUUGGAGACGGACCAGUUGCUUUAUUCGGAUGGGAGGACGGCGGGGAUGGUGGGGUUGAUGGCAGGGCAGCCGGAGUUCUUCAUGGGGCAGUUUGCGGUGUCGAUGACGAAGCUGGGGAAUGUGAAUGUGGUGACGAGGAGGACGGGGAAAGGGGAGGUGAGGCUCAACUGCAAUUACGUUAAUAAGUGA